CAGAUUUUCGAAUGCAUAGCAACAGCUGUUUUAGAAUAGAAAAAUUGCAUUUGCAAUACAAAAUGUAGACAAUUUGCCACGUGAUUACAUGAGAGAAUUUAUUGCAGUAAACGAGUGAAAAACAGAUUGCAUCUUCAUUCCACGCAUGUAUCUUUUGAAUAAAAAGAUGGAUUGAGCGAGGAAUAAAUAAUAAAAACGAUGUUUGGUCCCGACAGCUUUAAACAAUAAGGACAAUAUAUGGUAUUAUAGCAAGAGGAGAUUGACUUGCGUGAGCUAGACUUUUGAGAAGAUUUAUACGCGAUUAAAAAAGCAAUUUUUCAUUUGAAAUGUUCAUAUACAUCAUAUUGAUAUUUUUGCUAUCUUUGCCGAUUCUUUCUUAUCUGAGAAGUUUAUAUCAAAGAAGAUCGAAAUCUGACCGGAAAAAUGUUUGCGUGCUUGUGCUCGGUGACAUUGGCAGAAGCCCGCGAAUGCAAUACCAUGCCAUCUCCUUCGCCAAGGAAGGAUUCACUGUGGAUAUCGUAGGUUAUCCCGGUUCACAGCCAAUGAGGGAAAUUAGAGAGAAUAUGCAUAUACGGAUUCAUUAUUUGCGACCGCCCCCUGAAAUGCAAAAUGCAUUGCCACGUCUUCUGUGCUAUAUAGUAAAAGUGGCAUGGCAGACCGUUGAUCUUUUACAAUUAUUAGUUAGAAAACACAUAUCAGGUUCCUUAAUAAUGCAGAAUCCACCUGCGAUACCAACAAUACCAAUAUGUUGGCUUUAUUGCAUAGUAAUGAACACACAGUUUAUAAUCGAUUGGCACAAUUAUGCGCAUUCCCUUAUGGCGUUAAGCCUGGGAAAAGAUCAUAUUCUAGUUAGUCUGGCAAGAAGUAUCGAGAAAAUAUUUGGUCGUAGAGCAAAGAAUAAUUUUUGUGUCACCAAGGCUAUGAAGGAAGAUUUGGAAAAAACUUGGGGUAUCCAUGCUAAGGUUCUAUAUGACAAGCCAGCAGAUGAAUUUUGUCCUAUAACUUUGACAGAAAAGAAUGAAUUUCUGCAAAAGUUGGCUGAAAAGUAUAAUGUAUUUGUACCUUAUUCACCCAGAAGAUCUGCCUUCAUUAUAUCCAGUACUAGUUGGACCGAGGAUGAAGAUUUCUCAAUCCUUAUAAAUGCAUUACAAGAAUAUGAAAAUGCAUGUGAAAACAGAGAAUUGAACUUACCAGAUUUAAUCUGUGUAAUAACGGGAAAAGGACCUUUAAAAGACUUUUAUAUGGCUAUUGUUAAUUUGAAAAAUUGGAAACAUGUCAAAGUAAAAACACUAUGGCUUGAAAAUGAAGAUUAUCCGAAAAUAUUAGCUAGUGCAGACUUAGGAGUAUGCCUCCAUACUUCAUCAAGUGGACUAGAUUUACCAAUGAAAGUUGUUGAUAUGUUUGGUUGUCGCUUGCCAGUUUGCGCAUACAAUUUUAAUUGCUUAUCAGAAUUGGUAAGACACAACGAAAACAGUUUGGUGUUUGCGAACGAGUAUGAGCUGGCCCAGCAAUUGAAAAUGUGGUUUCAAGAUUUCCCUAAUAAUGAGAAGCAACAACAGUUGUGUGAAAAGUUUCAAAAGAAUAUGUUUACGUCUCAGCUCUACCCUGAUUGGCACGUCGUGAAGACUGGAAAGGAGUUGAACGAUCGGCCAAUUAUCGGUAUUCUGACGCAGGAAAUAAGUUAUAAUUUAAACAAAAAAUAUCCUGAUCAAUAUCACAGUUACAUUGCUGCAUCGUACGUAAAGUUUGUUGAAGGUGCCGGUGCUCGACCCGUUCCAAUUUGGAUUGGCGAAAAUGAUUCGUAUUAUGAGGAUAUUUUAAAUAAAGUCAACGGAGUUCUAUGGCCAGGAGGUGCAACAUAUUUUUUUCAGAAAGAAGGAUAUGCCGACGCAGGUGCCGCGAUUUACAGAAUCGCGAAAAGAAUCAACGAGAGAGGCGAACAUUUUCCUAUACUUGGCAUCUGCCUCGGCUUCGAGUUAUUGACAUAUGUCGCGGCAAAUGGCGUCGAACACAGGACAUCAUGUUCCAGUAAAAAUCAGCCUCUUCCACUAGAAUUCACGCGUGAUUUUCGAGAAGCCAAUUUGUUUAAGCAGGCCCCGUUGGAUAUUGUGAAGAUUUUGAGUGAGGAAAAUGUCACGGCAAAUUAUCAUCAGUUUUGCGUUACGAAGGAGGAUUUACACCGUGUUAAUUUAACCGACGAGUUUCAUGUGUUGUCAUUGAAUCGCGAUAAAGAAGGCUUAGAAUUCAUCUCAACACUAGAACAUAAGCGCUAUCCAUUCUACGGAGUACAAUUCCAUCCGGAGAAGAAUCUCUACGAAUGGGUGACUGGAAAAAAUAUACCUCACGGAUGUAAUGCCACUUUAGCAGCUCAAUAUUUCGCUAAUUUCUUUAUCAACGAAGCUCGUAAAAAUUCGCAUAAAUUUGCAACGGAGCAAGAGGCGAAACAAAGUCUGAUCUACAAGUAUCCCGUUACUUACACAGCCCUGCAAAAUUCUACUUAUCAGCAGUGUUAUAUGUUUAAGAAAAGUGAUGGUGACGGCCUUCUUUUACACAACAAUGUGUGAAACUUAGAGAAUAAGUUUUAUUUUUAAGAUAGAAAAAAGACACGUCGCUCUUUUUCCAUGUACAAAUGUAAUUUUGUAAACACAUUCGUCAAUCUGCGCAUAAGAGACAGAAAAUCCAAAGAUUUGUUAAUUAAUUUUGCUAAAUACGAGUAAAUAAAAGCUAAAUAAUUUGUUGUAUGACGGCACUAGGGAGCACACAAACAAAAGAUUGGUACGCGCAAUUUCCACAUUUAACAUAACACCAGUGUAUAUUGUGUCACAACUGGGAUACAUAAUAUUACAAUGGUGCAUAAUAAAAUUCUAUACAUAUUUUCCUUCUAUCUAAAGUAAAUAA